AUGAUGAAGAUGGCUCUCCUUGUUGCAACGCUAUGCGGAAUAGUACUUUCUAUGCCACGUGACAUAAAACUCGAUGGAGGAAUUGACGAAUGUGGAGCAAAGUAUAUAAAGUUGAUAAAGUUCCUCAAAACUGGAGACGACAAAUUCGAUAUUGUUUGUGAAAUGUGCCUCGAUAUGGUCCUCAUUGCAGAAACGUACGCGGAAUGUGGAGAGGCCGAAGUUGAAGCUGCAUUGGAAAAAAAGUGCGAUAAGGACUUCAGCUCAGCUGCCACUGAUAAGCUCUGCCGCAGCAUGAUCGAGAAAAUAGCACAUGAAGUUAUCGAGGACACCGAAGAGGAUCCUUCGAAAGUCUGCUACAAGGUUAUUCACAAGGAGUGCAGCUACAGCAUGGUCUAA